UUUUAGGAAGCAAAAAAAGCGCGCUGCGUUGAUGAUCUCGCAUUGGAAUUAUCCAGAGAGCGAUGGUGGACACGGAACCCGGCGACUUCAGCUCCAUUCCCGUACCUUGCUUCUUCCUUCUUCUGUCUCUUUCUGGUUAAUGGGUACCAUUUGUUUUCUUCAAUUUCCCCUUAUAAACAACAUUCAUAGCUUCUUCUUCAACAUUCUGUGAACCCCUGUUUCAAAUCUCUGUUUCUUAUAACCCACUACUCGUUUUCUUCGACCAUGGCUUCCCUUAACUCAAUUUCUCCUUUUCAGUCUCUCUUCAAUAAAACCCUUUUCAUGGUUCCAGCUUCUUUUUCGAACCCAAGUUUGGAUUCCUGUUUCUUACCCAAAAGGGUUCUCUUCGCGAAGAAUCCUGUGGGAAUUUCAACCGUUCGAACGAAGGUUGUGCCUCCUAUUUCGGCCACCACGGCUGAGAAGCCGAAGAAGAGGUACCCUGGUGAAUCAAAAGGGUUUGUGGAGGAGAUGAGGUUUGUGGCGAUGAAAUUGCACACCAGGGAUCAAGCUAAAGAGGGUGAGAAAGUGAGUAAAGAGCCCCAAGAGGGGCCUGUUGCUGAAUGGGAGCCGACUGUUGAAGGGUAUUUGAGGUUUCUUGUUGAUAGCAAACUGGUUUAUGAUACACUUGAUACAAUCAUUGCUAAGGCUGUAUUUCCGUUCUAUGCAGAGUUUAGUAACACAGGAUUGGAAAGGUCUGAACCAUUGGCAAAAGAUUUGGAAUGGUUCAAAGAGCAAGGGUUUGUGAUUCCUGAGCCUUCUUCUCCUGGAAUUACCUAUGCUCGUUAUCUUGAAGAGAUAUCCGAGAAGGAUCCUCAAGCAUUUAUUUGCCAUUUCUAUAAUAUGUACUUUGCCCAUACUGCUGGUGGUCGGAUGAUUGGGCGAAAGGUAGCAGAAAAGAUACUCAACAACAAAGAGUUGGAAUUUUAUAAAUGGGAGGGUGACCUUUCCCAAUUGCUGGAGAAUGUAAGGGAGAAGCUGAACAAAGUUGCCGAAAGCUGGAGUAGGGAGGAGAAGAAUCAUUGCCUGGAGGAAACUGAGAAAUCUUUUAAGCACUCGGGAGAAAUUCUCCGUUUGAUAUUGUCAAGAUGACGAUGACGACAACGACAAACGUGAUGACAAUGCUUUGCUUGGUUUUAGUAGUCAUGUUAAUUUUCCUUUUGUACAGCUCUAAUGGGUUAUACCCACCAUCUCUGUCAAAGAUGAAACUCUUUGCUCUUUAUAACGUUCAUUUAAGGUAAAAGUAUCUGUUUGCUGAAAAGUUAUGCCCUUAAAGGGAUAUUAAAGUGUAUUUACAGGAACGAAGUUAUGUUCUCAUUUAGUUUGGUUUUGGUUAGGAUUUAGUGUUUGGGUCUGCUGCUUCUGGGUCUGCUGGGAGUUUGGUUGGACGGUUCGCAAAGCUGCAUGGCUGCUAUGUUGUUGGCUCUGCUGCUUCUGAUCAAAAGGUCUUCUGAUAACUCUAUUAUGCGUCUGGGUCUGCUCUUAUGUUCUUGUUGUUAUUUACAUGCUAAUGAACUCUCCUUCUCAAUUUGCUGAUAUC